CAUGGGUACAGGCUCUCUUUCACUGUAGCAUGCUGGCAUACACAAACACACACACACGCACGCACGCACGCACCUAAAAACCCUACCGACACUCAGACGCCCUGUCCCUAAAACACUCCACUCAAGUGGUACAAGAGGAACUGAACCGAAGAAGAACAUGGAUGUUUUGGAAAACAGAAGAAUGAAGACAGAAGACCCAGUGGAAGAGGAAGAAAUACUAUGAGGGGGAGCCAAAAAGCGAUUGAGAGGAUAAGGAAAGCAGUGUGAGAACCAGUACUAUCACGGUACAGGACAGUGUAGAAGUGUGACUGUCGUGGUGCAGAAUGGGCAAUUCUUCAUCCCCAGGCAUGUCAACUCUAUCUCCGUCCAUACUCUAGUUACUGCAGGUCGGGAGAAACGAAAGGGUCACAUGACCUCUGCCGGCGAUGCCGAGUUCCCCCGGGAGUACCACACCCUGGCCCACGGCGCCCGUCGCUUCCCUGACAACAACAACGGGGGACUGGCGCCAACCACAGGGGACCGCCUACGCCACAACGCCAUAGCCACCAAGAGCCUGGAGGCCCUCACCAAUCAUCACAAGGCCGACGUUGAGCGUCAGCGUGAAGCCUUCAUGGACCUCCAGAAGAACCAGAAGUACCCGGCCAGCCCCUGCAUGUCCCCGGCACUGGGCUCCCCUAACUGUGGCCGCCAACAGCAGCAACAGCCAAACUACUGGAGCUUCAAGGCCCGUACUCCUCGUGUGAUCCGGCCCAACCCCAACCAGCCGGCUCUAGCUGACCAGGCCAGCAGGGUGUCCUUUGCCUCGGCUGAGAGUCUGGAAACCAUGUCCGAGUCGGAUGUUCCCCUCGGGUUCAGCCGCAUGAACCGCCUCCGUCAGAGCCUGCCCCUGGCGCGCUCCUCCAGCCAGGCCAAGCUCCGCGCGCCAGGCAUCAUCUUCCUUCAGCUGGGCGAGGAAACGAGGCGUGUGCACCUGACCCAUGAGCUGACCAGCCUGGAGACCUUGAGGGCCCUCAUCGUCCACAUGUUCCCCCAGAGGCUCAACAUGGCCAUGCUCAGGUGCCCCAGCACGGCCCUGCUGAUCAAAGACGAGGCGCGGAACGUCUUCUACGAGCUGGAGGAUCCACGAGACGUCCAGGACCGCUGUGUCAUCAAGAUCUACUGCAGAGAGCCGGUCUACGGCACCUACCCCGGGCACCACAGCUCCCACCUGGCCAACGGAGACCUACGAAGGGAGAUGGUCUACACGCCUCAGCAGGAUUCUCCGCCCAACCGUCGCCUCAGCAAUGCCCCCGCCCCCUCGGCCUCGCCCCCCUCCGGCUCCCCGUCCCGGGUGCGCCUCCUUUACAGCGGCGGCGGACGUCCGUCUUCCUAUGCUGGGCAACCUCACCCCCCCCCGCACCACACCCACUCCCUCCCUCACCCUCAGCACUCCACUCCCGGGGGCCCUCAGCACAGCCACCCCCAGCAGCUCCAUCACCAGUCACACGUCCAGCAUCCACCCUCCGUGGGCUUCUCCCCCAGCGCCAUCCUGGAGCGGAGAGACGUGAAACCCGACGAGGAGGUCCACAGUGGCGGCUCCAGGAGCAUGGUACUCCUUCGGGGCGACGGCGGGGGGAUCUACGCCGACCCUUACUCCCUGGGCCAGGAAGGGGUCCGCCUCAGCCUGGCCGGCCCACACUCCCCCCUGCCCGCGAGGGGGGACUCCUACGGCUCUCUCUACCGGCGUGGCAGUGGCGUGGGGGGAGGGGUGUUGGGACCGGGCUCCGUGCGCUCCCUUACGUCGUACUCAGCGGCCGCUCUGCAGGGGGAGCUGAUGGACAGUGGCGUCCUCUACAGGCCCGGAGGGCCGCUGUACAACGACGCCGCCUAUGCAGCGUCCAUGUUGGCCAUGGGCUUCCGGGUGCCGCCGCCCUCCUCCCCGCAGAAGAUCCCCGAAACCAGGGACUCGUAUUCAGUCACCAUGCCCACCCGCGGAUCCCCCGGGAGGCAGAGCCUGCGGAGAGACUCCGUGUCCUCCUCCGUGUUCGGAGAGAGUCCCAAGGCCAGGGGUCAGGGGUCAGGGUUGGGGACGGAACAGCUGUGCCUGAUGGCUGGGCCAGGAGGGGAGGGCAGUGGUUUUGGCUCCCCUCUACCAGGAAACGAGACAGAGACCAGGGGUCGUAUGGAGGCUAUGGAGAAACAGAUAGCCAGUCUAACUGGACUACUGCAAACUGUUCUGACCAGAGGACCCGAGGCAGACACCCCGGACAAGAUGGAGACGGCCAGUGACUGUUCAGGGACCGACACUGGACGGUUUAAAAAAAAGAAAGCUCUGACACCGUCGGCUCCAUUGGCCCUGAUGCCCCCCCCUCUCACAGGCUCCACCCAUCCAGUGACGGUGUCACGGCUACAGAUGCAGACACAUCUGCACGGCCUGCAGCAGAACACCAGCGAGCUGCGCAAACAGCUGUCCCAGCUUCGCAACAUCCAGUUGGAGAACCAGGACUCAGUGCAGUCCUUGCUGAGGCAGACAGAGUCCGAGCUCAGCCUGAUGAUGCUGGACGCCCUGCGGACCCAGGAGGACCCUCUGCAGAGACAGCGCCUUCUAGUGGAGGAGGAGAGACUCAAGUACCUCAACCAGGAAGAGCUGCUCAUCCAGCAGCUCCAUGACCUAGAGAAGUCAGUGGAAGAACUCCAGAGGAACUCGUCGGUCAACCAUGGUCUGGUGACUGAGCAGGAAGUGGAACAGAAGAGCAUGGAGCUGCGGUCUUUGGGAGAAACCCUGACGGAGCUCAAGAACCAGUUCCCCAGUCUGCAGAGUAAGAUGCGGGUGGUGUUGAGAGUAGAGGUGGAGGCCGUCAAGUUCCUGAAGGAGGAGCCGCACCGACUGGAUUCACUGCUGAAACGAUGUAACUCCAUGACCGACACACUGUCCACACUGCGCAGUGUGUUGUAUACCACCUGUACGUACAGGAAGUUGUCAGAGGGCCUGUGGAAGGGCCAAGAUGACAUCUCCAGUCAGCUGACCAAACGAGUCGACACAGGAAAGACCUCCGACCUCGACAUAAUGACCAGUCCCCCACUCAGCCUUGCCAACUGGAUGCCCAUGUCAGCCUGUGACCCGGACGGUUCGGGACCUGAGCAGGACUCCCACCCUACAUCCAGCUACAGAAGUCGGGUCCUGGACGAGCUGCCCAGCCGCCGUGGUGCAGACAAAUCAGUGUCUGCGGAGGUCCGAUUGGCGGCGGAGCGGGACUGGGAGGAGAAGCGGGCCAGUCUGACCCAGUUCAGUGCCCAGGACAUCAACCGUCUCCUCGAGGAGACCCAGGCGGAGCUGAUGAAGGCCAUCCCAGACCUGGACUUUGCUGCCAGGCAGAUCAGCAAGCCCGCGGUGCCCCCAAAGCCCCAUCCCAAACCCCAGUUCACCGCCCCUAGCACUACAUCCACCACCACCACCACUUCCAUCACAACCACCACCACCAGUAGCACCAGCAGUGAGCAGCAGCCCACCAAGGUCCAGGCUACUGCCCAGAAGCUGGAGGGGGGGUCACGUCGCGGUUCUGCGGAGCUGAGCGUGGCGAGAUAUCGCACCGAGAAGCCCUCAAAGUCCCCGCCUCCACCGCCUCCUCGCCGCAGUUUCCCAUCAGCCCAUGGGCUAACCACCAAUAGCAUCGGGGAAGUGAUUGUCACCGCCAAGAAGAAGCCGGAGGUAGAAGACGGAGAGGCUCCGAAGACUCUGGUCAAGCUGAGAAGGACAACGUCUGACAACCCCCGGCCCGCCUCCACCCCUCCUGUCAUCGCCGCCUCAGCCAUUAAAGACGAGGACGAUGAGGAGAGGAUCAUUGCCGAACUAGAGAAUGCCAGCAACUCACCAGGGGCAUCCAAGGGAGCCCAGUCAACUGUAGCAGCCAGGCUGAAGCAGAUCCAGCAGGGCAGCCUGGAGAGGCCCAAGGCUAGGAAGCAGAGGGACGACUUCCCCAAGAUCCAGGGCCAGCAGCAGGUAUUCCACUUCUAGAAGGCCCCUACUCAGCCUCUCCGGACCAGCUCUGGUGGCUUUCUGUGACACUGACCCACCUUGCAGUGGUCUAGGGCAACUACUGGGGCUCUGGCAAGACUAUACUUGGAUACAACACGUUGUCAGUGGAUGAUGUAAGAUGAUGAGAGGAGGGGUGAGCUAAUCGGGAAAACACUACUGCUGAGUGUGACAUUCUUUGACUUUGAGCAGUUCCAAGUUGUUGGAUCCAAAAUGGAUUGUGUACAGAGCGUGUCCUUACCCUGAGGCACUGAUGUUUCUGAGGAGGUUACGGUUGUUGUAUUGUGUUCGGUCCUCGUUGAUGAUGCCACGGAACCAUUUCACAUCUCAGUGCUGAACCACUAAGUUUUCACCAAGCAGAUUACAUUCUUGUUCUCUGACUUUCCUCAAAUCACUGAAUCAUUCUGUCUCCUGCUGGGGCAUUUAGAACCCAAGUUAAAAAAAGGGCCAAGUGUUGAGAAUGUACUAAUUCACAUAAUAUUUGCCCCAAUUUGCUUAGUGCAUAAGAGUGCAAGAGAGGAACUGAGAUGUUUAAAAGCGGUGUGAGUAAAGUGAGACACUAAGAGAGAGAGGCCGUCUGAAAGACGUAGUGAAAAGUUUCUCUUAAGCAAACAAAAUGGAAGCCCGGCCCCUCCCCCUCCAGCGCUUGGCCUUAUCUGGCUCAGCAGGCGGUCCACCCGAGUGGGCUGAGCUGAGCGUUCCUGUCCUACCUCAGCCCAAACUGUCCCUCAUAAAGGACGGCGUGGCCGCUCUCAGAGUCAGGGAGAGAUAACACUGCUCUUUUCCAGCCUGCACCUGUCCCGAGCCAGGCCACUUAAUCCUCUUGUGAUAAUCUACAUUUAGUUAAUAUGGAAGCCACUUCGGAUAUAGAAAAAGGGACCUUCAUUUAAUUCUCUUCAGGCUUAUUCUUAAAGGCCAAUUUUCAGGCUUGAAAACGUCCAAUCAAAAACGUCCAGUUUCACUUAGGAUGGGUGGAUUGAUGCACUUGCACGUGUGCAUUAUUCAGAUCUUGAACAUUACCACAUUGCGUCCGUCAAAUUAAUCUUUUCCACAACCAAAUAUGUAACCACAUCCAUUUUGGUGAAGCACAAUUUUGCAUCAGAUCACAAACCAUUCUUCAAUCUUUGGGGUGAAGGGGAAAGUUCGAAACCAGUCAGAAUCUCUGUAAAUGCAGACCGCACCACGCAAGUGCAGAAGAUAACGUCUCAGAGGGGCCAGCACACUUUACAACACCGUCCGUUAGUAAAUACAACAGUUAGCAUGCGGCUAGCAUAUCAACCUCUUGUUGACACUGUGUGGCCAUCUGGGCAGAAGUACACUCCAAUCAUUAGUAUUCAAGUCCAUUGCUGCUGUGUGCUGGAGACCACUCAGUUGCGUGAGAUUGUAUAUGACUCCAGCAUACAUUCCUUCCCUGUCUCUCUUUAGUCAUGUUCAACGUGCCCUCUGAGUCUGGCCCGAGGGCGUUUACCCGAGGGCCAUUACACUGUGCAUUCAGAUCCUCCCAGUAAACUUGAUUGUUUCUGUGCAGAUUACGCUCAUCACAAGAGUGAGUCCUCUCAUGGUGCUGAUGAUGUAUUCUAUGAAAUGUCUAACUUGACAUUUAGUUUAAUGUAUGUUGUUUGUAGCAUACAGUAAUGCAGUGAUAUGUAUCUAGGCAACUGGGUCAGUAAAAUGUAGUGAACUGUCUGUGAACAAACAAACAAAAGACCCAUUUAAUUUAUAUUGUAUGUAUAAAGUAACUGCCCAGUAUUUCCAGAGUUCUAUGAAAUAUUACUUUCCUUACAAAAAAAUAUAUAUUUGUGUUAAAAAGCAGACUUGUUGUGUUGGUUGUGCAAUAACAAACAAUGGUAUGAGCAAAUAUUGAUGGGAGUGGACCACUGAUUGUCCUGCUUAUUCUUAUCUAUACCUCUGCUUGGCCAGCUCAUCCUGGGGAGUAUUACACCAUACAGUCUCUUUAAGGUACAAGUUUGAGGAGUUUUUUUUUUUUAAUGAUUUGUGCUUUGGGCACAAAUAUGAGUAUAGGACAGGUCUAUUAUGCUGUUAUGUGUACUGUAAUGCAUCUUGUAAGGCUUAUUCUUUCACAAUACAGGACUGCCCCAGACAAACUAGAUGAUUUUGAACCAAUAGGAUUUAACCAAGAAUGUUCAACUGUAAUCGUUUGGCCAAUGUUGGGUCAGUGGUAAGAUCAAUAGAAGAGAAAUUUGGGCCCAACAUACUGUGUAAAUGCCCUGGGGCUACCUAAUACAAAGGCCUAGCUGGUGCUGUACUGUAUCUUAGUCUAGUGCCUAAGAUGACACAGACCCUAAAAGCACUACUGUACUUUCACUCUUCCAAUACCAGUCCAAAGAGACGUGCAACAGGCGACGACCAGGUGCCGUCCUGUUCAUCUCUACACAACCACUCCACAUUUCGUGUCCCCGGAUAGAUGAUAUUGGCAUUAAUGCCUUUUUCACGAUCCAACAUGAAUCGGUGAUAUCCGGAAUGGAGACUGUCAUUGGGCGGCAGGACGUGGGAUGUUCCUCUGUGUCUUGUGAGCGAUGAUGCACCUGCCUUGUGAUUCUUUGAGACAGCCUCCCAGAGCCCCAGAUGUACCAGUGUCCCUCGCAGGCAGAGAUAAGGAUCAUGUCACAAGCGUCUGUUUUCCCUUUGGAUUCGACUCAUAGCAGAUGUCAACGAAUCCGUUCCCCUUACCUCCUUUCAAAUGCGUCAGCUGAGAGGCAACCAAAUACCCAAAUUGCUGUACCAAUCGCCCCCGCCUUUCUCCCAACUGAAUGUCCCGAUUGUCAAUCUCUAUUCCUUUCAUGCCCCAUGGAGACCAAAAGUGUAAUCUUCUGCUGCUCUUCAUCACCCCCAGUCAAUCUGACAGUUAGCAGUGGGCCAUCCAAGGACACACCCGAGCCCCAUCCGUCUUGAGGAGGACCUAAUCAGACAGGGCUGACAUUGAUCUAAAUCUAUAUCAGCAGAACCAGCUCUGUUGGCCUCCUGAAAGGCUUGUUUCUCUCUCUCCUUUCUCUUCUCUCUAUCCUCUCCUUUCCUCUAUCUCUCCCUCCACUCUAUCCUUCCAAUCUUCUGUCCUACCUCCCUGUGCCCCUGCUCUUGGCUCAAUGGGAGGUCCAUGUCGUUAAUCUUGGCCAAUUCUUUCCUUUUUUUUUUAAUCUUUUUUUUUACCCACAAUCCCUUGAAGGGUUAGAUGUAGAAACAGGCAUGGUGGCGGAGUGGGGGCCCAGUAGAAAUCUAAUCGCUGGGGGAUAUCUCUUGUUUGCUAAAGGCCAGGGCCAUUAACUAGCAUUGACAUCACAUUGAGCUUGUGUUAAAUGUGACAGCAUGAAGAGCUAGGCACGGGCUUUAAUCGCCUUAGAACGAUUUGGGUCUCCUAGGUUCUCUGGAGAGGCCCCUGUGUUUGUUAAUGGUGGACCAUUCAGAAGAAUCCAUUAAUUCUGGAGGGGCCCGCGGUCUACCUGUGUGUUUGUCAUGAAGAGGCAUCUUAACUGUUUCAGACAGACCCAAUUUAUUGAUCAUCAGGAGAGUACAUAACCAACAAUACUUCAUUGAUCAAUCACAGAGGAAAGGUGCAUGGCUGUGGUUAUCCAGGUAAAAGCAGAGGUCAGCCAUCACUUCAACAGACCACUUCAGACGGCUAUUAUCCUCUUCUAAAAAUAGAAUAGGUACAGCGCGUCCUCAGAACAUAACUCCUCCGUUACCCACUCCUCGCCCCCUCUUCCUGUAUUCUCAGCUCUCAAUCUUCAUUUCCUGUCCUCUUCACUCCUUCCUUCCUUCCCCCCCCCCCUCCAAAUCCUGCCUCUUCACCGUGGAGACGCUGGAUCAGGAGAGACGGUCCAUCCUCAAGCCCUGACAGCGGUGCUGUACCGAUCACAGCGUCCCCUUCCCCUGCUCUGCCUACGCUUAGCUUAGCGACAGCCACGAGGCUCUGAUCUCAUCAUGAGCCUGAUGAAUGACGCGCCGAUGCACCAAAACAGCAUCCCCUGUGGCCAAUCAUGGGAAACGCAAAGGGUUGCAGCGUCUGGCUGUAGCAUAGCACGCCAUGUGGCCACGUAGUGUUGGAGUUACUCAUGAGCUUUUAUAUGUCAAUAAAUGUUGUACAAAGGACUGGACGAACAAAGGCGGUUGCAAAACAUUUUU